CCUUCUUUGUCCUGCAGCUGCUUUUUGUUUUCCUCUCUGCAAAGAGAAAUUUCCCAGACAAUCCGUCUACCAGCAAAACAAUUUUCAAGAUGAAUUCAACAACGAUGACAUCUGAAGGAGCCAAGCCAGCUCCCCCCGAGCUCCAGCAGAACAACAGCAGACAGUUUAAGAGCAAAGCUCCCAAACGUGGACAGAAGGGUAUCAACAGCCAUGACGGAGGGAUGGAGGGGCUUGAGGAGUCUGCGGUGGUCUGCCCCUGGGAGGAGUUUGAAGACAUAGAACUGAAUGAUGUGGCUCAGUUUGGAACCGCCUAGAGCCGACAGAUGGGACGGUGGGGGCUGGGUCUUCCUCGUUUCUAGGACUGUGUUAUCUGUGCUAUCCCCUCUUUUCAUAACCAGCUUCUUCCACAACUAGACUGAGCAGAAAAAAAUGUGUUAUAUCAGCGAUGCAUCACAGGCAGAUUUGUAAAACGUGACCUCUUUUUAUUUUAUAAAGUUUUAUAAAACUUUUCAGGAAUGACAAUAAAA